CUGGGCGUCCGCUGGGGCAACGUUCUCUCCGACAAGGAGGAGCUGAUGGACACGCUGGACGACGAGAAGGACGACGGGGCGGGAGGCCGCAUGUCGGCGGCGGGCCUGGGCCGCAUGCAGAGCCGCUCCAUGACCUCGCUGCCGCCGGAGCCCUUCAUGAUCAUGCGGUCGAAGGCGCUCAACCGCCGCGUGCAGCUCAACGUGGGCGGCGUGCGGCACGAGGUGCUGUGGAGGACGCUGGAGCGGCUGCCGCACACCCGCCUGGGCCGCCUGCGGGAGUGCAACACGCACGAGGCCAUCAUGGAGCUGUGCGACGACUACUCGCUCAUCGACAACGAAUACUUCUUCGACCGGCACCCGCGCUCCUUCUCCUCCAUCCUCAACUUCUACCGCACCGGCAAGCUCCACCUGGUGGAGGAGAUGUGCGUGCUCGCCUUCUCCGACGACCUCGAGUACUGGGGCAUCGACGAGCUCUACCUGGAGUCCUGCUGCCAGCACAAGUACCACCAGCGCAAGGAGCACGUCCACGAGGAGAUGCGCAAGGAGGCCGAGUCGCUAAGGCAGCGCGAGGAGGAGGACUUCGGCGACGGAUGGUGCGCGCCCUACCAGAAGUUCCUGUGGGACCUCCUGGAGAAGCCACAGACGUCCCUCGCGGCCCGGGUGCUGGCUGUGAUCUCCGUGAUCUUCAUCGUCAUGUCCACGCUCGCUCUCGUGCUCAACACUGUGCCGAGCUUUCAGGGUCCGGAGCAAGGAGACAAUGAGAAACUGGCCAUGGUGGAGGCCGUUUGUAUCACAUGGUUCACACUCGAGUAUCUUCUGCGGUUCUCCGCAAGCCCCAACAAGUGGAAAUUCUUUAAAGGGGCAAUGAACGUUAUAGACUUACUCGCCAUCCUCCCCUACUUUGUUUCCUUGUUCCUUAUAGAAUCCAACAAACACACAGACCAGUUCCAGGAUGUGAGAAGAAUUGUUCAAAUCUUCAGAAUCAUGAGAAUUCUCAGAAUCCUUAAGCUAGCCCGACAUUCGACGGGUCUUCAAAGUUUGGGUUUCACACUGAAAAAUUCAUAUAAGGAAUUAGGUUUGUUGAUGUUGUUUUUAGCUAUGGGCGUGUUAAUCUUUUCGAGUCUCUGCUACUUUGCGGAAAAAGACGAAAAUCCUGUGUACAAAAGUAUCCCAGAGACUUUCUGGUGGGCGGGUAUUACCAUGACGACGGUAGGGUACGGAGACAUGUAUCCUAUCACACCCCUGGGCAAGGUCAUUGGGUCCGUGUGUUGUAUCUGUGGUGUGCUGGUCGUUGCGCUGCCUAUUCCCAUCAUCGUCAACAACUUCGCCGAGUUCUACAAGAAUCAGAUGCGACGCGAGAAGGCCCUCAAGCGGCGCGAGGCCCUCGAGAGAGCCAAGCGGGAAGGAUCUAUCGUCUCCUUCCACCACGUGAACCUCCGCGACGCCAUCGCCAAGUCCAUGGACCUCGUGGACGUCAUCGUGGACACAGGUCACAACAUGUCCCAGGCAGAUGCCAAUUCGGUGGCAGGGGAAUCCAUGCGUGCUGGCCAGACCGGCACGGGAUGUUACAAAAACCACGAACACCACAUGGGUCGCCUGCAGAAGGAGGCUCGGCAGGGGGCGGGCGUGAACGCCGCCGCCCCCGCGUCGAACAUUCUCGAUAUCCCGGCCACCGAAGAGACGAGGCCGCCGGGCUCCCCCGAUUACCAGACGCCGGAAGAAGGUGUAGAGGAAACCAGUGGAGAGGAUAUACCGCUCCGAACCAAACCUACAUCGUAACCAAUUAUUUUUGCUAAGUGACUUUAAUCUGCUCCAUUAUUUUGCACGCAGGACUACAAGGAGUUCAUAGAUGCGGAAUGCCUGGUGCCGGCGCCCGUGACCGAGGCCCCGCACCACAUAGAGCUCCGGCCUCUCAAGACGGAGGACGGAGGAGGAGCGUCGGGGGGCUGCAC